AUGUCCGUGAGGGUGCGGUUCCUGUCCCCAGGGGACGCGGGUGCCGUGGGGGUCGUGGGCCGCAGCGCCUCCUUCGCGGGCUUCAGCGGCGCUCAGGGCCGGAGGAUCGCGAAGUCCCUGCAGAAGAACUCCGUGAGGUCGCGGGUGCCCACAAGGUCCUCCAAGAUGUACGGCACGCUGCGGAAGACGCCGGUGUGCGCGGACCCCCAGCCCCAGCAGGUGAAGAAGAUCUGUGACGCCUUGAAGAGAGGCCUCAAGGAGUACCUGAGUGCACAGCAGGCCGAGCUGGAUCACCUGUCCGGACGCCACAAGGAUGCCAGGAGGAAUUCCAGGCUGGCUUUCUAUUACGACCUGGACAAGCAAACGCGCUCCGUGGAAAGGCACGUCCGCAAGAUGGAGUUUCACAUCAGCAAGGUGGACGAGCUGUACGAAGACUACUGCGUCCGCUGGCGCCUGCGGGACGGCGCCUCCAGCAUGCAGCGGGCCUUUGCCCGGUGCCCGCCCAGCCGCGCCGCCCGCGAGAGCCUGCAGGAGCUGGGCCGCAGCCUGCACCAGUGCGCCGAGGAGGAGAAGGCGUUCAUCCCCGCCCUGCACGAGGACCUGGACAUCAAGGUGACGGAGCUGCGGGGCCUGAGCUCGCUGGUUGUGGGCGCCGUCACGUGCGACAUCGCCGACUUCUUCACCACGCGGCCGCAGGUGGUGGUGGUGGACAUCACCGAGCUGGGCACCAUCAAGCUGCAGCUGGAGGUGCUGUGGAGCCCGAUGGACAGUGAGAGCCUCCUGCUGUCGCCCAGCCCCACAGGCAGGCUCUCCGUGGGCAGCAGGAGGGGCCCCCUGUGCAGCUGGACGCCCCCCAGCACCCCCAGCUUCCGGGAGCGAUACUACCUGGUGAGCUGCUCUGCGUCCCCUCUCCAGUCCGUCCUGCAGCCGGAGCCGAGGACCCCCACCCUCCUCAGCUACCUGUCCGCCAGUGAGCUUCAGGGGCCCGGCCUGCGGAGCCAGAGUCAGGAGCUGCCCGAGAUGGACUCCUUUAGCUCUGAGGACCCCCGAGACACAGAGACCAGCACGUCGGCCUCCACCUCCCAUGUGGGUUUCCUGCCCGUGGCCCUCGGCCUCAGUGCCUCCACUGAGGAGGCCCGGGAGGACCCCCUGCCCCUGGGCUUCCUGCCGGACAUGGCCCGCCCGGCGAGGGGCUUGGCUGUGGAGCGGCCCGGCUGGAGAAACUUGGGGGUGGAGGGCCCCAGCCUGCAGCGGGGCUCCCCGGGGCCCAACGGCACCGCCCUGAGCGGCCGGGAAGGCCAGGAGGCGGGAGACCCGGGGGACGGCACAGAUGGGUCGAGCUUGGAGGGGCCUCUGCAGGAUGUCCUGGCUCUGCUGGGGUCCAUGGACCCCGCCCCACCCCAGGUCCGGGAGCUGGAGCACCAGGUCCUUGGCUUCCACGGCCGGCUGAAGCUCCGCGGAGCCCGGCGGGGGUCCGCGUCGGCCGAGAGCCUGAUGGAGUGCGUCCUGGAGAGCUUUGCCCUUCUCAAGGCCGACUUUGCCCCCGACCUGCCAGCCCUGGGUGGCGGCUCCCCGGGUCCCCGGAAGGGCAGGACCCCGCCCCCACCGCCACCCCUGAGAGCAUCCUCUGGGGAGCUCACGGCAGGCGCCCCCGAGCUGGACGUGCUGCUGACGGCCCACCUCUGCAUCUGCAAGGCUCUGCUGCAGAAACUGGCCUCCUCUAGCUUGGCAAGGAUGGUCCGGGAGUGCCUCCUGGAGGAGGUGGCACGGCAGACGCAGGUUCUGGAGCUGCUUUCUGUCCUGGACGCUGAGAAGCUCAGCAAGGCGACCUCGGUCGAAGAGAGUAAGUCCCUUGCCGGGCACCCACCGGCCAGCGGCGGUGCGAUCCGAGCCUGGCAGGGGUGCUCCUGCCCGGGCACAGGGGACACCGCACCCUGGCGCCCGGAGGCCAUCGAGCAGCACUGGCCGAGGCCUUGGUUUCCCUGACGCCCUCUCCCUGCAGUGUGCCGCCGGCUACUGGAGCAGGUGCUCAGCUGCAGCGGGCUGCUGCCCUGCCCCGGAGCCCCCGAGGAGCAGCCCAUCACCUGGUUCCAGUUCCACGGGUACCUGCAGCGACACGGCGUGUCUGACUUGGAAAAGCACCUGGCCCGGCUCUCCAAGGAAGUGUCCCUCGUGGAGGAGCUGCAGUGUGGAAGCGCGGCCCGGGCCGUCCGGAAGCUGCAGGGCAAGCGCCUGGGCCAGCUGCAGCCCCUGCCCCAGACCCUGAGCGCCUGGGCGCUACUGCAGCUGGACGGGCCCCCGAGGGCAUGCAGGGCGGCUGGUGCUCGCCUGGCCAGUGCUGCCAGGGACAGGAGCUUCCGGGAGAAGGCUCUUCUCUUCUACACCAACGCGCUGAGCGACGGCGAUGCCAGGCUCCAGCAGGCCGCGUGCCUGGCGCUCAGACAGCUCAGGGGCAUUGAAAGCAUCGACCAGCUCGCCAGCCUGUGCCAGUCUGAUCUGGAGGCCGUGAGGGCAGCAGCCCGGGAAGCCACACUGUCAUUCGGUGAAAAAGGGCGACUCGCUUUUGAGAAGAUGGACCGACUCUACUUGGAACAAGGAGAAGCCUUUUCCCAGGAGGCAGAUGUUGAAAUCACAAUAUUUUAA